AUGUGGUGCUUCCGCCUUGGCAACUUCGUUGCUCUCAUCGGCGUCCUUUUGGUCAGUCCGACAGCAACAUCAGGUGCAGCUGUGGGGGUUGCACCUCAAGCAGGUAGCGACGGACUUUGUUACAAAUAUGUUGUCCAGGCUGGCGAAACUUGUACCUCGAUUGCUCAAGCACACUCUCUCGCCUUGGCUGAUAUCGAAAAUUACAAUGCUCAAAGCUGGGAAUGGCGUGGAUGUGGAUAUUUAGUGCAGGGUACUUACAUCUGCCUCAGUUCCGGAGAUCCUGUGAUGCCAGCUACGCUUUCAAAUGCUGUUUGUGGCCCCCGGGUGCCUGGAACAGGACGCCCUAACAAGUGGUCUGACCUGGGGUCUUUGAAUCCGUGUGCGGCUAAUGAAUGUUGCUCUUCGUUUGGUUAUUGUGGAAGCACUUCGGACUUUUGUACUUCUGCGGCUCAUGCCAGCGGCACCAAUCGCACUGAAGAGACCACAUCGAAAAAGACUGCCACAGCUACUGACACAGCUAAAGCUAUCCAGAAACUUGUGGCUAUUCAGAAACUUGUGGCUAGCAGUGAGUCCUCAUCCACCAAGAAGACGACAUCAACCAGUGCAACCAAAGCUACGUCAACCACCACAACCACCAAGCCUACUUCCACCAGCAAAACCACGUCGGCGACGAAGUCAGCCAACUCAGCUCAAAACAAAGAAAGCGCUGCCACCAGCAAACCGGGAUAUGUUAAGCCAUGGACAAUGAUAAUGUACAGCAAGAAGGACUGCAAGGGCGACUACAUCCAACUCCAAGGACAUAAUUUGGGCUACAAGAAGGACUACAAAUGCCUAAGACCGAACGGAAGUCUAAGCAGUGAAUCAGAUACGGGGUUUUCCUGCAGAUGGUUUUAUGACAACGGCGCCUCAAGCACUGGUUGUAAUGCCGGCCACGUCGACACACCUGCAUCCUGGCUAGUGAAGGGUGGUAUCUGCACUGUAUGGGAGUAUAUAUAUUGUGAUGAAACCAAGCAUCGUUCUAUGGGCUACUACAGUCCGGAAUGUCGAAAUCGGAAUGAGUAUGAUAUACAGAAUUGGUAUUCUAUGAAAUGCUAUGUUCCUGAAGGGUUGAAUGAAUCUUGA